AUGGCACGAGCAUACCUCUAUGCAGCUUCAUCCGCUGCCCUUGGAACUUACAUUCUGUGGACGUUGGCAGAGAAGUACCUCUCCUGGGCCCACGGCUCCCAUCUCACAGGAAACCAUGCCCUCACCAGCCCGGUCCUCGCCACGAUCCUCAUCCUCCCGACCCUCAUCUUAUACAAAAAAGCAUGGUACCUCUUCAAAAUGAAAGCCCUCCACUGCGGCGCGGCGCCCGUGUACCCGCACAAGGACCCGAUCCUGGGCAGCGACUGGACCCGCGCCUCGCUCGCCCGCCAAAAGGAGCACAACCUGCUCGAGUGGUGGCAGGACGUCUUUAGCAAGCUGGGCAACACGUGGUGGGUCAAGACGCCGGGCGGGUGGGUGCUCAUGACGAGCGAGCCCGAGAACCUCAAGACCAUGUUGGUGACGUCGUUUGAGUCGUUCAUCAUUGUCGGGCCCCGGCGGGAGGCCGUGGUGCCGAUUCUGGGGGAGGACGCCAUCUUUUCGGCCAACGGGGAGGUGUGGCACGGCGCCCGGGCGAUGAUGCGGCCGAGCUUUGUGAGGAAUCAGCUUGCGGAUUUGAAGUGUUUUGAGAGGCAUGUUGGUAAUCUUAUUGGGAACAUACCCAAGGACGGGGCCACGGUUGAUUUGCAGGCGUUGUUGUAUAUGAUGACCAUGGACUCGGCGACUGACUUUAUGUUCGGACAUUCAACCAACAUGCUCACGACACCUUCGCCAGAAGCCCGUGACUUCACGUCGACGUUUGAGUACAUCACCACCCGCUCCGCGAUCCGCUCCCGUCUCGGCCUGCUCACCUUUCUCGACAAUGACAAGAAAUGGGACGAGGGGCUCAAGAAGAUCCACCGCUUCUGCGACAACUACAUCCGCAACGUCCGGUCUGCCGACGAAGAGGCAGAGAAAGACCCGGAGAGGGGCUACGUGUUCCUCAAUGAGAUGAUUGGGAAGCCCGGGCUGACGCCCGACUACAUUCGCGCGCAGCUGCUGUCCAUGAUCCUCGCCGGGCGGGACACCACGGCGUCGACGCUGUCUGCGCUGUUCUGGGUCUUGCCCCGGCGGGCCGACGUCGUGAAGAGGUUGAGGGUGGAGGUGGAGGCGCUGGAGGGGCGGAGGCCUACGUGGGAGGAGAUGAAGGAUAUGAAGUACCUGAACAUGGUGCUCAAGGAAGUCCUGAGGCUGUACCCGACUGUGGCGAGCAUGUCGCGCGGCACAGCACGGGAUACGACGCUGCCCGUGGGCGGGGGGCCCGACGGGAAAUCGCCCGUCUUCGUCCCGAAAGGCACACCCGUGCGGUGGCCCCUGUACUGUCUUCACCGGAGAAAGGAUCUAUACGGAGAGGACGCUGACGAGUUCCGUCCUGAACGCUGGGAGGAGAUACGGCCGUCGUGGGACUAUCUCCCCUUCUCCGGCGGUCCGCGGAUCUGUAUCGGGCAGCAGUUUGCCCUGACGCAGAUGAGCUACUUUGUGGUGAGAAUCUUGCAGACUUUCAAAGACAUUCAACCGAGGGACGAGAGGCCUAUGCUGCAGACCGUGGGAAUCACGACUAAGUUGGCCAACGACGUCCUGUUGAGCUUUACGCCUGCUUAA